AUGAAUCCAGAUGGUCCAUGCAGAUGCACCAUCAAUGGUACUCACUGUGGCUACCGGGCCAACGAGGACAUCUCCGCGGUCACAAACCAGGCUCCGUUGACGGGUCAGUGCAAGCCUAAGGGGCUGUAUAAUUGUGCGGCUGCGGACACUGCGGCCAAUCUAUAUACAGAAUGCGCUUAUUGUGAAGGCAUAUACCAAGUGUACGGCAAAGACAAGUGCGAUAACAACGGCGGUUGUCUGUGUACGGGUAAAGCGGGAAUGUUUUGCUACGACAAAAACAUGAAUUCAAACAACGGGCUCGAAGAAAAGUGUCGGAGUAGUUCAAUGUACCGGUGCUUUGGCACCAGUGGCCACCUGGCACAAUACGUGCUACAUUAUGAAGAAUGUCGAUGCGGUUUGCUAAUGGGUCACCACUGCGGUAACCGGGCCUACGUGGACAGUCCGGACGGCCACGUGCUGAGCGGUAAUUGCACUAAAAAGGCAAUAUACGAGUGCAGCGAACCACGUGGUCUGGCAAAGUUGAUAGAAACAUGCUCGAUAUGCGCCGAACCCGCAAACACUUAUGGAGACGAUUAUUGUAAUAAAGACGCCCACUGUUUGUGCACUGAACGCACCGGGAGUUUGUGCUCUGCCGACAGUAAUAGCAAAUUAAAAGGCACCUGCAAUCCAAAUGCUAUCUACCAGUGCAAUAAAGCUAAUGAAAAAGCCGUGUUUGUUCAGCAUUGUCGCGAAUGCUAUCAAAAUGAACCUGGUCUCGCAAAAUGCACUGGCACGUGCGGGUGCGGUGACGUACUAGGUCAACAUUGUGGAAUUAGGACAGGCGAUGACGAGUUUAGCACCAAGCCCAUUUUGAGCGGCAAUUGUCUGCCCAAUCGACUUUACAAUUGUUUAGAAAGUGGUCAAAAUUCACAUUUUGCAAAUGACAAAUGUGAAUGUGGUAAGCCAUUGGGCAGUCACUGUGGCAGUAGAGUGGGUCAGCCAACAGAAUACGGCCCACUAUUAACCGGAGAGUGCGAGAAAAAUGGUCUUUAUAUGUGCCGCGUGUCCAACACUAAAGCCCGACUCAUGUCAAAGUGCGACAACUCGUGUGAACAAAAUCCUGGUACUGGUAAUGAUUUAUGCGAUGACCAUGGUAGUAUACUGGACAACAAGCCACUAAUCCUAAUAUAUGGCAAUGAUGUCGAUGUAAAUGCUCAAGCUAACGAGUGUGCGUGCGGUUCAGUUGCGGGCAAUCUAUGCGGUAGUGUUGCCAACAAACAGACGAUUCACGGAAUUGUAUUAAAAGGCAAUUGUCUGAAGAAUGGCUUCUAUUACUGUCCGUACAGACAGGCGAAGGCUGUGCUCUAUAAGGUGUGUCCCAACUGUCACGUCAGCGCACGACCCGGUUAUGAUUGGUGCCAAUCUGAAUAUAUCCCAGACCCAGUGUUGUGCCAGUGCGGUGGUGUGGCCGGUGAUCACUGUGGCGUUAGAGUCAACGUUCCCGGUGCUAAUGGUGAUUUAACUCUGACAGGCGAGUGCCGUAACGAUGGUUACUACCACUGCAAAGCGGGUGAGGUUGGCCAGGCUCAGUUGAAGUUUGUGUGUCCCAUAUGUACGGUCAAUGAUGGCGAUGGUCUCGACACUUGCGACUCCACCUUCUUUGCCAAACAGUCCCAAUAA